UUUUCCCCGCUUCUUCCUUUCCUCUUUUUUAUCCUCUGCUGGCCCGGUGGCACCAUGACGGCGUCUCCCGACUACCUGGUGAUUCUCUUCGUGACUACGGCGGGCACCAAUGGGGCAAGGUUGGGCUCAGACGAGCGAGAGCUGCUCCAGCUCCUGUGGAAAGUGGUCGACCUGAGGAGUAAGGAGCUGGGGCACCUGCAUGACGUGCUGGUCCGGCCUGACCACACAGAACUGACGGCUGAGUGCCAAGAGAUCACCCAAGUGGAUGCAGAGAGCCUGGCACUGGCUCCACCGCUGGAGCAGGCAUUGAGACAGUUUAAUCAGUCCGUGAGCAAUGAGCUGAACAUUGGUGUAGGUACUUCUUUCUGUUUCUGUACUGAUGGACAGUUGCACAUUAGGCAGGUUCUGCACCCUGAAGCUUCCAAAAAGAAUAUUUUACUGCCUGAAUGCUUCUACUCAUUUUUUGACUUGCGGAAAGAGUUCAAGAAGUGUUGCCCUGGUUCCCCUGAAGUUAGCAAACUCGAUGUUGCAGCCAUGACAGAAUAUUUAAAUCUUGACAAGAACAGUCCAGCAUUUCCCUAUGGAGCCUCUCAAGUUGAAGAUAUGGGGAAUAUUAUUUUAACAUUAAUAUCUGAACCAUACAAUCACCGAUUUUCAGACCCAGAAAGGGUGAACUACAAAUUUGAAAGUGGGCCUUGCAGCAAGAUGGAACUUGUGGAUGACAAUGCUGUUAUCCGAGCAAGAGGAUUGCCAUGGCAGUCAUCUGACCAGGACAUAGCAAGAUUCUUCAAAGGUCUAAAUAUUGCCAAAGGAGGUGCUGCACUUUGUCUCAAUGCCCAAGGUAGAAGGAAUGGAGAGGCUCUUGUGAGGUUUGUAAGUGAAGAGCAUAGAGACCUAGCACUACAAAGGCACAAGCAUCACAUGGGAAACCGAUACAUAGAGGUAUACAAGGCAACAGGUGAAGAAUUCCUUAAAAUUGCAGGAGGUACUUCCAAUGAGGUUGCACAGUUCUUGUCAAAAGAAAACCAAGUGAUUGUCAGGAUGCGAGGUCUUCCUUUCAAUGUAACAACAGAAGAAGUGCUGACUUUCUUUGGCCAGCACUGCCCUGUAACAGGAGGAAAAGAGGGAGUCCUGUUUGUCACUUAUCCUGACAGCAGGCCAACAGGGGAUGCCUUUGUCUUGUUUGCUUGUGAGGAAUAUGCACAAAAUGCACUGAAAAAGCACAAGGAUUUGCUGGGGAAAAGAUACAUUGAACUCUUCCGGAGCACUGCAGCAGAAGUUCAGCAGGUGCUGAACAGGUAUUCUUCCACACCUCUCAUUCCUCUCCCAACACCUCCAAUUCUUCCAGUAUUACCUCAACAAUUUGUGCCUCCCACUAACAUCAGAGACUGCAUACGUUUGCGUGGUCUUCCCUAUGCUGCUACUAUAGAGGACAUUCUGGAGUUCCUGGGAGAGUUUUCUACAGAUAUUCGGACCCAUGGAGUUCACAUGGUACUAAAUCACCAGGGACGCCCAUCAGGAGAUGCUUUCAUUCAGAUGAAAUCUGCAGAUCGAGCUUUCAUGGCCGCACAGAAGUGUCAUAAGAAGACUAUGAAGGACAGAUAUGUUGAAGUCUUUCAAUGUUCUGCUGAAGAGAUGAACUUUGUAUUAAUGGGGGGCACUUUAAAUCGAAAUGGCUUGUCCCCACCACCAUGUAAGUUACCAUGCCUUUCACCCCCUGCCUACUCCUUUCCGGCUCCUGCUGCAGUUGUGCCAACAGAAGCUGCUCUGUAUCAGCCAUCCAUGCUUCUGAACCCACGAACACUCCAGCCCUCCACAGCCUACUACCCUGCUGGGGCUCAGCUCUUCAUGAACUACACAGCAUAUUACCCCAGUAUGCAACAGAGGAUGGACUUGUACACACAAAUGAUGCGGCCAGGACAGUGUCCAAAGAAUGGAUUUGCAUUUAAAAGCCCCAGCAGUUAG